UGAAAUUUCUUUGUCAAUCUAUUUAAUACACCGAUUCGUUAAAUAACAAUAUUUAAACGUCACUUGACUACUAAAUUACACAAUGGGCCUUUUACAAUUAUGUGAACAGUAUUUUAAUACGUCUAAUCUAUACGAAGUUUUUCAAAUACCUGAGAAGGCUACGGAGAAAGAAGUAAAGAAAGCCUAUCAUAAGUUAUCUCUAAAAAUACAUCCCGACAGAGUAAGUGAAGAUGAGAAACUUGAAGCUACUGAGAAAUUUAAAGUUUUGGGUGCAGUACAUGCCAUUCUCAGUGAUAAGGAAAAGAGAGCUAUCUAUGAUGAAACAAAAUGUGUUGAUGAAGAUGAUUUAAGUUUUGAACGUGAUUGGUCAGUUUAUUGGAGAGGAUUGUUUAAAACAGUAACCGUAGAAGACAUAAUAGCUUAUGAAAAAAAAUACAUUGGUUCACAAGAAGAAAAAGAUGAUCUAAAAAGUGCAUAUCUUAAUGGAAAAGGUGAUAUGGACUAUAUCCUUGAUCAAUAUCAGUUUGAUCGAUUGGAACACGAAUCUAGGAUCAAAGAAAUUCUUACAGAAAUGAUUGAAAAUGAAGAAAUUCCAGCAUAUAAAAAAUUCACAAAUGAAUCAAACAAAAAGCGUCAGAAGAGAACUGCAAAAAUAAAAAAGGAAGCAAAAGAAGCAGAGGAACUAAAAUCUGAAUUAGGUUUAGGUUCAGGUAAUAACAGUUUGGAAGAAAUGAUAAAACAACGACAACAAUCAAGAUCAAUAGAAAUGGAUUCCUUGAUUGAUGACAUUGCAGCAAAAUACGGUGGCAAGAAGACUAAAGCUACCAAGCGUAAAACACAAUCAGAAGCAAAAGGAUCAAAAAGGAAAAGAAAGAAUUAAAAAAACAUAUUUAAUUAACUUCCAAUGUUAUAAGUUAUUUUAUUCAAUAUU